AGCGACGAGCAUUGGAGUCCCAGAAGAUGUUCUGGCUGCGAUGGCAUUGAAAGGCUUCAAGACUGGACCUGCUGGUGAACUUCCGUUGGACAUCCAUGUGAAACAGAUCUUAGAUGGACCUGAGCUCAAAUGGAUGCUCAUGCCAUUGCCAAAGAGAGCAGCAGGGAAGCCCGCAACAGAGGGGCCAGCCAAACCCUCGAACGAUGCAGAUCCAAAAAGGAACAAAGCAGAACCGAACAAGACCAAGCAGGUUUACACAAAGGAUGAAGAUCACCUUGUGGCUGCAUCACGAAAGCGUGGCACAGCCGCUGUCAAAGUGGACGACAGUCGUCCGUGCGAACCGGUGGCGAAGCGAAAGCGCUUGGUCACGGGCGUGGCCAAGCUCAAAGUUCAAGCUGCAAACCGUUUAUACUCAUUUGCAAGAAGGGUCAUUAGUUUGUGCGUGGACCUGGACAUCCCUGUCAUUUGCGAGAACCCACGCCGGUCUUUGAUGUGGAAGACCGAUUAUUUCAGUGACUUGCCAUCAGUUUGCCGCUUUCAACACAUCCACUCCUGCAUGUACGGCGGCAAACGAAAGAAGAGGACUUCAUUUCUUUUGAAUUUCCAUGCACAAAAUUUGUUACUGGAAUGUGAUGACAAGCAUCAACAUUUGCCUUGGGGUCUUGUACAAGAUGAUGUUUCUUCUGAGAUUAAGUUUUCGACCAGUCUAGAGACAGAAUACCCUGCGGGGUUAUGCAAGCAACUGGCAUCAGCUUUUUUGGAUAGAAUGCUACAGCAGGGCAAAGAUAUUGCCCAAACACCACUCCAAAUGGAACAAGCUCAGCGCAUGGGUUCAGGCUUGCAACCACGUGGAGGACGUGCACCACUUCUUUUGGGAGACUUCAAGUUUAAAAUUGAUGUGACCUCCGAGAAUGUGGACAUUCCUUCCCAAAUCAGUGAAUCAGUGCACCCUCCAUUCCAGGGUAUUCCUAUCCAUUCAAAGCUGAUUUCUUCUCGAUAUGUGUCUGAAGUGGGGGAUGAGGGCGAGAAGAGAACUCGGUCGAUAUCUACUUUUGGAGUUUUCAGGUCUCCUUUUGAAUUUCUACACAGGGCAUUGACCCUUGAACACCCUCUGGACAACCCUCACAAUGUGGACAAAUGCAAUUUGAAAGCAAUUUUAUUUAUAAGAGACCACAGUGCUUCAGAGGUUGUUCAGUUCAGAGCAAAGCAACUCAAGAAGUACACGUCACGGGCCGCUCAGUUGGGUGCGGAAGAACUUCAGUUUAAGAAGACGCUGGAUGGUGACGUAGCAAGAGUUUUGGAAGGGAAGAGACUUUUACUUUUUAAGGAGAUGGCAGUUGACGCCAAUGUUGGCGAUGAGACCCUGUUCCAGGAGUUAACGGAAGGAUUCAGGUUGACUGGUGAGAUGCCUCAAUCAAAACAAUUUCCUGCGAAGUUGAAACCAGCGUUGAUUUCAGUUCAACAACUCAGAGAAUCUUCCGUUUGGGCAAAGAAGAUGAUCCACUCCUCUUGCCGCAGGGUUGGUGCAGAUCCUGAGAUUGCGAAGGCGGUGUUCGAAGAGACGCAACAGCAACUGAAGGAUGGAUGGGUACGUGGUCCUUUUUCGGCCGCUGAUUUGGAUCUGAAAUAUAAUGGAUGUUGGGUGCCUUCCAAGCGUUUCGGAGUGCGGCAGGGAGGAAAAAUUAGAGCAGUGGAUGAUUUUUCAGAAUUUUUGAUCAACGCAUCGGUCACCUCUACAGAGAAACUGCAGUUGUUUGGUUUGGAUGAGGUCGUCAACACUGCACGAACUUUUAUUGGCUGCGAUUUUCUUAGGGCUGAUGACCUUUUGGAAAAUUUGUGGUGUGACCCGGCCGUGCGUUUCUUUAAGGGCCCCUGGACUGACAUCAUGGGAAGCCCUUUAGUACUCCUUGACGAACAGCUGAAGCAUGUCAUUGUGAGAGCCAUGCACUGUUUGGUCAACUCCAAGCCAAGGCGUGUGGAAGCAUGGAACUUGAAAGACAAGGCUUUAAAAGAUGCACACCAUGCUACAAUCUCACGAGCGGGUGAAAUGGGGUGGUAA